AUGGAUGCCCUCAUCUACUCCGCGGCCUCUCGAUUCCUCGUUCGGCGUCCCCACCGCCCGGAACGUACACCUCUCCGCCAAUGCGCGUUCACCGCGAGGUCGAGCUUGAAAAUCCCUGUGCCGGAGCAGAAAGCGAAGUAUUCGGAACAUUUGCAAGCAGCUGUUGAUGUCGUCGAGCGCGCCUGCCGCCUCUGUGUUGAUGUGCAAAAAUCAUUGUUCGCAAAUGAUGGAAAAGUUGUCGAAAAAUUGGAUCAGACACCUGUCACCAUUGCAGAUUUUGGAGUUCAAGCUCUUGUUAGCCUAGAGAUGGGCAAAUUAUUUCCGUCCAUUCCUCUGGUAGCAGAGGAGGAUUCAGGAUUUGUACGCCAAAAUAAUCUAGUGGAUGUUGUUGUUCAAGUGGUUAAUGAUAAAUCGUCUUUAAGAGAUGAAGCAUUUAGUCAAGAUGAUGUUUUGAAGGCAAUUGAUAGAGGGGGGAAAGAUGCCUAUUUGUUUGGACAAGAGCCAGCUACUUAUUGGAUAUUGGACCCAAUUGAUGGGACGCGAGGAUUUGUCAAAGGUAGUGAAGCUCUAUAUGUGGUAGGCCUGGCUUUAGUUGUUGAAGGGGAGAUUGUUUUGGGUGUUAUGGGAUGUCCAAACUGGCAGGAUGGGGAUUCUAGACCUGAGGUCGAGGGAAAAGAAAAUACUGAUUCCAGGUCAGGGAUUAUUAUGAUAUCCCACGUCAAUUGGGGAACUUGGAGAACAACAUUGUGGAAUACGCAAAACAGUGAUACCAAAUUGGCUCACAAGUGGACCAGGUGCCUGGUUGACAGUCUUCACGAUGUUCAUGAAGCACGCUUUUGCAUUCCAGAGAGUCAAACGUGGGAGUCUUUGCCCCUGUCCACUCAGUUUAAUGCCACUACUCAUGCUGAUAAUGUUGGGGAAAAUAAUGUUCUUCUUCUUCCUGCAUGUUGUGGAAGUCUAUGUAAAUAUCUGAUGGUUGCAUCUGGGAGGGCAUCGGUUUUCUUUCUUCGUGCAAGGACGAAAUCUGUUAUCAGGGUGUGGGAUCAUGCCGUGGGUGUCAUUUGUAUUCUUGAAGCCGGUGGAAAGGUGACUGACUGGAAUGGUAGCAAACUCGAUUUUUCAGCUGAUCAAACUGGAAGAAGAGUCUUAUAUCCUUCUGGUGGCAUUCUGGUGUCAAAUGAUAGCUUACAUAACCAGAUAUUAGAAGUUAUAUCCUCCAGCUAG